GUUUGGGUGUUGUGUAGGGGUGUGAAACGUUUACAUUGAGGCUAGGUAGUGUACAAGGACGUCCAGUAUUGCCUACUGUUUUGAUGAGCAGAAUGAGGAUUGUAUUAACUGUUUUUGUUAUGUCAACAUUCUGCUACAGAAUCUGCACGAGCACGGUGUGUUGGGAAUGUAACUCCGUGGAUUCUGAGUGGUGCACGGAACAUUUUGUCGGGAAGGAUCUUUCCCCUUACACCGCCCAAAUCGUCAACUGUACCGGCAGAUGUAUGAAACUCGUCGCUCUAGUGGAUGCUAAACAAAGGUUCUACGUGAGGACGUGUGACGUAACAGAUGGUGUCCCUGGCACGUGCCAAACCGGAAGUCAUGUGUUGGGAAUUCCCAGGAGUAUGAUUUGUGUCUGUCAGUCCGACCGAUGUAACCAGGCACCGAAUCAGUAUAACGGACGAACAGACACCCUUCUUAGAAUUAUCUUUGGAAUUGUUGUUUGGUGGAUGAAUCUGACUUGACAAGUGAUGCGAUUCCAUGUAAUGUGUUUGUCUUAUUUAUGUUUAUAUACACAUUGUUAAAAUUAAACAUUUUUUUUAUUAUCA